AUGUGCUGGACAAGAAAUACUAGUUUCCACUGUCCAACAUGCUCGAAGGAAGAUCGUACCAUCACUACCUCACACUUUUGUGAUGAUAUCCCCAAGAAAGGAAAAUUCGGAGACUGCCGUGGUGGUGUCGAACAUAAGUGGGUAUAUAGAAUGGGCAAGGAGUGUGACGAGUGCCGAAUCAAGUGGAAAGAUCCAAAGGAUUGGGCAAAGCUUGCUUCUAUUAGACAUUCUACGGGUGGAGAGAAGAAGCAUUAG